CCCAGUUGGUGACCUUUAAGGUGUCCUCCUACCUCGACGUCGGUCGACGCCCUGAGAAGAGGCGAAACUUUCUACGUGUCACUUGUACACAGCAAACAUGGUGGAGGUUGACGCUGCAAGCCAUGACGAGGUACCGGGUAGGACACGCCAUUUCGUUGCUUGCUUCUUAUCGGAUGUAACAGCUGGAAAUGGAUUUGCAGAUUUGUCUGAUGCAUUUUUAAGGAAGGGUGCUUGUACAUCUAUGUUGUCAUCUGUUUGUGAAAGGAGGUUAAGAAAGCACAGAGAGCAAGAAGUCUGCGAUAGAUAUGGCAACAGCUCUUGUAAGAAAUAUGAUCAAUUGUUGUUAGCUCAUGCUGCAAGGCUGUCUCGUCUGUCCCUUGACAUGCAAAUGUUCCCGACAGAUGAAUUAGACGAGGUGCAAAUAGAGUGGAAACCUGUCAGGUGUGCUGCAGGAGGAGGCAUUUAUGUAAACCGAUUAGUAGCAGUCAACACGGGUCUUAUAGCUUGCAGUGAUAGUGGAGAUGAGUUGUUCAUGGCUAAUAAUUCAGUUGAGGAAUGGAAGACGUUGCCAGUGACCAGUCAUUUUCGAAUAGUAGGGCUUGCUGCACUUGAUGGCGAAUGUUUCUCUAUUAUGAGAGAUCGACGAUCAAGUGAUAAUAAAGUAGCAAACUUUGAUGUGAAAACAAGCACGUGGCGUACAGCAGCAGCAAUGACUUUCGAGGGUGUAUGGCAGUUAGUUGCAAACGAGAGCAGUUUAUACCUCAUUGGAAACAGGCAAGAAAUUUUAAACAGGGAAUUACAGGUGUAUGAAGUUGAUAUCAAUGAAGGGGGAUGUCACCAUUUGGGAUCAGUAGAAAUUGAGUUUUUGGUGGUGUCAGCCGUUGCCAUAGGAGACAACAUCUACAUGUCUGGUAAGUCGAGUAGCGUUAGAGUGUUGAGUCUUGCUGAUUUUUCUAUGAAAUCUCUACCAAAUAUGAGCAAUCGCAACUGCAGUAUUCUCAAUUUUGGAGGCAGGCUGGUAGCAUUGGGAGGAAUCGAUUCGAACGAUGGCGCUGCAUCGGCUGCUGUUGAAAUAUUUCAUCCCCGAGUGAACAAGUGGCUGGCUUUACCGCCGAUGACAUGCAGACGCGUCGGCCAUGGAGUUUGUAGGACAAACGAUUACUCGAUUGCUGUUGUGGGAGGCAUGGACGUUGAUAUCACCGCAUCAGCAGAAACUCUACAUGUCUAAGUCUUUAGCGUUGUGCCGGCUAGUACUCAUUUUUGUACAUCUGCGUUGGCGUUUUCGUAUAUUUGCGAAACUAAAGAUAGUGACGCUCUGCUUUAGUUGUUUUAGUUAGUGGUUUACAAAUUGUAGUCCAUGUCGCUUUGAAGCUCGUCAUCUUUGUAAGUGUUCAUGGUUUUGCUACCUAUGACAUUAACCUUAAAAUCAUGCGUAAUU